CUCUGUCCAACACAGGUCCUCUGGGACAGCAGAGCUCACAAGCGUCUAGGACAAGAGCCAGUAAGAAGCCACAAAGGACACACUCUGUGUAAACAUGACUUCCAAGCUGGCUGUUGCUCUCUUGGCAGCUUUCUUGAUUUCUGCAGCUCUGUGUGAAGCUGCAGUUCUGUCAAGACUGAGUUCAGAACUUCGAUGCCAGUGCAUAAAUACACACUCCACACCUUUCCACCCCAAAUUUAUCAAAGAACUAAGAGUGAUUGAGAGUGGACCUCACUGUGAAAAUACAGAAAUCAUUGUUAAGCUUGCCAAUGGAAGAGAGGUCUGCCUGAAUCCCAAGGAAAAGUGGGUGCAGAAGGUUGUGGAGAUAUUUUUGAAGAGAGCUGAGAAGCAAAAUCCAUGAAAACACCCUAAAACCCAUUCUCCAUGGCUUCCAAGAAUUCCUCAGUGAAGAUGCCAAUGAAACUGCAAACAAAUCUACUUCAGUGCCUUAUGUACUGUGUGGGUCUGGUGUAGGGUUGCCAGAUAAAAUAUAGGAUGCCCAGCUAUAUUUGAAUAUUAAGUAAAAUUAUGAAUAUUUUUUCAAUGUCCCAUGUACAUUGUUCCAUCUAGGACACACUUAUAUUUUAAAAAUUAUUCAUUGUUUAUGAUAAGUUCAAAUUUAGCUGGAAAUCCUAUUCUUGUUUUUGUUAUUGUAUCACAUCUUGCAACCCUUGUCUGCUGGCCAGGAUUCACGUGUCUCUCUUCAAAUGCACCUCACUCUUCUUUAUUCUUUAUGGAGAAUAAGUUUCAGCCACCAUCCUACCUUACAGAGAUGUAGGGGCAUGUGGCUGGAAGCACUUUAACUUUAAUGCAGAGUCAAGUAAAUUAUUUUCAAGUGUAACUUAUUCACCUAUUUAUUAUUUAUGUAUUUAUUUAAGCAUCAAAUAUAGUAAUGUUUGUGCACAAAUUUGGAGAAAUGGGAAGGAAGCAACGUUAGUAAGAUAGUAUAAUGAUGGUAGUGAAUUUAUAUUUAUUUUAGGUAUUAAGUGAUGUUGAAUUACAGACCUAUUUUGUUCAAGGUUGUUAUAAUAUGACCAUAGUUGCCAGAUUUAGCAAAUUAAAAAACAAAGCAAACAAACAGGGCACCCAGCUAAUUUUCCCUUCUGAUAAGCAAUGAAUAAUUUGCUAGUAUAAGUACAUCACUAUUUAUCUGAAAUUUUAAUUGAACUGGCAAUCUUACAUUUGAUACUUCUGGUCUGGUCACUGCAAGCCUUAUUUUGCAGUGCUGUGUUGAAUCACCCGAAACCUGAGUUAGGACGAUUUUCUCAAAAUAGCAAAAAUUCACCAGACAAUAAUUUCUUGCUAAUUCUUAUUUAUUCUGAGCAAUUAGAUUCUCAUAAUUUUAUUUAAAUUAUUGUAUAGUUUAACAUCAACUUUACUUUUUGACUUUAAGAUGCUUUUAUGUGUUCCUAAAUAGACUCUUUCUAUUGUUUUUGAUAGUAUGAAAAGAUGAAUGUAACUAUAGCAUAUUUAAAAUAAAAUUCAUUGUCAAAGUCA